AUGAAUGCCGUAGACGCUUCUGAUCACUUUGAAAAGCCAUCUCAAGAACAAUCCCCGUCUCUCUUGACCAUCAUUCUCGACACGAACCCAGCCGCAUGGUCCCUGCUCUCACCCACACUCAGCUUCUCCAGCGCUGUCGCCAAUCUCCUGGUCUUCAUCAACGCCCACCUCGCCGCAAACUACACCAACAAGAUUGCCGUCAUCGCCUCUCAUUGCGACAAGGCUCAAUGGCUCUACCCAACUCCUACCGAGCAAAAGCUUCCUCGAUCUCAACAGCGUGACUACUCGUCCUUGUCACAGAAGCCGUUAUCGUCGUCGUCGUUGGAUCCAUAUGCAUCACAAUCCAAACGGAUCAAACUUGACCUCAAGCCCCCUCCUCCUCCUCCUACAACAAACCCGUCAUCACCGUCCUCAUCAUCAGAGGGGAACAAAUACCGACCGUUCCGUCUCGUGGAGCAAGAACUUAUCCAAAACCUCGCCACCCUUCUCACCAGCUCCACCCCGGCCUCGGUCUCAAGCAGCACGUCUACCAUGAUUGCCGGAGCCUUGACGCUGGCCCUAUCGUACAUCAAUCGCGAAUCCAUUUCCCACGCCGAAUCUCUAAUCGGGAGCAGUGGCAACGUAGCGGCGGCAUCUGGUACCGGUGCCGCCGGCGGGCUUGAAGUGUCAGCGGCAGCAGCUACAGACCCUACCGCUGCCGGAUCGUCAGCGACAAACUCUGCCCUGCAAUCGCGUAUCCUGUUGAUUUCAGCUUCGCCCUCGACUGACCUGGCCCACCAGUACAUUCCCAUCAUGAAUGCCAUUUUCGCAUGCCAACGUCUCUCAAUCCCGAUUGACAUUCUUCAACUUCCUCUCCCUGGGAGCAGCAGCGACAACACUAGUACAAGAACUAGAACUACAACUCCAUCCUCCGGCGACCAAUACCAAAACCACAACCAUAAACAAUCAGAUCAAGACCAAUCCACCACCACCACUACAACCACGACGACGACGACCACGUCAUCGGAUUCGACUGUCUUCUUACAACAAGCCGCCGACGCCACGCACGGGAUUUUCAUCCCCGUCGAACUACCCACGUCGUCGUCGUCGUCGUCGUCGUCAAGAUCAACAUCAACCACCAACAAGAACAAGAAACCAGGUCCACAUCCGUCGUCAUCUCCAUCCUCAUCCUUGUCAACUCCAGACUCAGGCUCAGGCUCAUCGGCCUCACAGGCUUUCCUCACCUACCUUCUCCUCGCGCUCCUUCCCAGCCCCACGACACGGGCCCGGCACUUGAUUCUCCCGACGCGCAUCGACGUCGACUUCCGGGCCGCGUGCUUCUGCCACCGCAACGUCGUCAGCAUCGGCUUCGUCUGCAGCAUCUGUCUGAGCAUCUUUUGCGCCGUGCCGGAAAACGGAGACUGUCUCACCUGCGGCACACACUUGACCGUCGGACAGUACGGCGCCAGGCCCGUCGUCGUCGUGCCCAAGAAGACGAGGAAGAAACAGGCGGCACCGGCGGCUGCGGCGGCCCGUUGA